AUGGAGCAGCAAUCGUUGGUGAUUUACUGCUCAGUUGCUAGAGGAGAGGUGAUUCUUGCUGAAUACUCAGAAUACAAAGCCUUUUGUGUAGUUGCAGUGGAGUCUGUUGAUAGAGAAAUUCCUAUUGUGUUCCUUGAGAGAAUUAAGGAGGAUUUCAUCAAGAGAUAUGGAGGAGGAAAAGCUGAAACUGCUGUUGCCAACAGCCUUAACAAAGAAUUUGGGCCAAAACUGAAGGAGCAUAUGGAGUAUUGUUCAAAUCAUCCUGAAGAAAUCAGCAAGCUUGCAAAAGUAAAAGCUCAGGUUUCAGAAGUUAAGGGAGUGAUGCAGGAGAACAUAAUUCAGGUUAUUAACCGUGGUGAUAACAUAGAGAUUCUUGUGGCCAAAGCUGAUGAUCUAAAUUUACAGGCCAAAGAAUACAAGAGUGUGGGGAACAAGAUUAAGAGGAAAAUGUGGAUACAAAAUAUGAAGAUAAAGCUGAUUAUUCUGGCUAUUAUUAUUGUAUUGAUCCUCAUCAUAGUUUUGCCAGUAGUAUGCCAUGGCUCUAAAUGUUAA